CCUCUGUCAGAGAUGGCUUUUGUUUCUGUGGAUUUCUCUGCUUUCAUCUUUUCCCACAGAGCUCCUUGGACACGUGCACUAUCCUGAUCAACAGCAUCAAUAAAUCUGGAGUCAAAUUUUUGACAAACUACCAAACCUUUUUCUGUUUAACCUGCAGUUUUGUGGAUCGCAGAGUUGUUUUCUGAGCUGAAUUUUUCUUCCUUUGUACAGGAUGUCUUGGCCGGCUCUGUACGCUCAGCUGGUUGGUGCAAACCGUCACUCCACUUCCUUGGGAAAAAUCUGGCUCUCAGUGCUGUUUAUUUUCCGAGUCAUGGUGCUGGUUGUAGCUGCGGAGAGUGUCUGGGGUGAUGAGCAGUCUGACUUCACCUGUAACACGCUGCAGCCAGGCUGUGAGAACGUCUGCUAUGACCAGUUCUUUCCGGUCUCCCAUAUUCGCCUCUGGAGUCUUCAGCUGGUCUUUGUGUCCACACCGACCCUCUUGGUUUCUAUGUACGUGGCCUAUCGUAACCACUGCGACAGGAGACGACUCCUUCAGAGUUCUGGCCGAGCUGGCAUGCUCAACAACAAGGGACAAGAGGAGGAGCUGGAGACGCUAAAGAAGAGGAGACUCCCGAUAGUUGGCGCUCUGUGGUGGACAUACUUCUGCAGCCUGGUGUUUAAGAUGCUGUUUGAAGGCAGCUUCAUGUACGUCCUGUAUGUGGUGUACGACGGUUUCGAGAUGCCCCGCCUGGUGCAGUGCGAUCAGUGGCCCUGCCCCAACCUGGUGGACUGCUUCAUCUCCAGACCUACAGAGAAAACCAUCUUCACCGUUUUCAUGGCUACUGCCUCUUCUAUCUGCAUGGUGCUUAAUUUGGCUGAACUUGCAUACCUCGUCGCCAAGGCUCUCAAUAGGUAGAGACGUUGGUUGGUUAGACUACCCAGUGAUUACCCAGAGAUUUAAUUCCUGCACAUUUUUAGAUUAUAUUGAUUUGUCUUUCUUCGUUGACAACAUGUUGUCCAGAUGGAGAUGAAAUGAGCAAUGGGAAAGGUAGAGUUGGGUUUGAAGAAGCCUCAGCAUAUAUGUCAACAUAGAGACUUUUUUUACUCUUGUAAAUGCAGGUAAAUAUGCUUCUAUACUUUAUAUGAGUCCAGAAAUUGUGACCUGAAGAGGAUGUCAGCAGUUUAACACUAGAUUUGGACCCAGAAUUGUGUGAAUGAGAAUGCCAAACAAAAUGCCUUUAUAGAGCCAGAGUGCCAUCUACUGGACAAUAAUAAAACUACAUCUACCCAUAGAGGUUCUGAUCUUUAUUCACAGUUUCAUUGAAUCCAGUUGAGCAACCAUCUUGGACUCCAUGGACCACUUUUUUUUCUCCACUUGGUUCACAUCUAAGAGCAUCACAGUUAAGCCUAUAAUGUUUUUUGGGGAUUUUAGAUCAACACAGUGUUGUGCAUUUUUGGUAGUGAAUGGAAAAAGAUGUUUUAAUACUUUUUUUUACAAACCAAAAUGUAAAGGAUGGAUCUCGCAGGAUUAUCGGUCCCCUCCAUCUCAUACCUCUCAAUAAAACCCAGAAGUCACCUAAAUAGGAAAUUAGCUGUGUGAUUUAAUCUCAGAAUAAAUGCAGCUGCUCCCUGAAGGUUUCACAGGUUUGCUGGGGAGCGUUAGUGAUCCACAGGAGGAAUCCUCAGUUUAACAGUACAGGGACUAAUGCUUUUUUUUUUUUUUUUUUUUUUUUAAGAGGGAACAGGUUCAUUAAACUUAGCAGAGACACCUCUGGCAUAAAACAUGGAGGUGGCAAUGUAGUGAGCUGGACCCUCAACGAUCCUUCUGGACACAUAAGGCGAACAGCAGAACAGCAAAUUCCCAUUUAGUUUCCAGAGAGAGAUGGUGACAUCACAGCCUGAUUCUGGACCAAAGUAAGGAGUUCACUGAUCAGUUGUGUUGUGCUGAGGGUAGUGGUUAACCUAGACUUCCAAUGACUCACUUAGAUUUCAUUUGGAUUAAACCAAAUACAAACUUAUUUUGUAUUAUGAAAGAUACAAAAAAAGUCAUGUUUUAUAACUUAAAAAUAAUGCACAGGUUGUUUAUGUGUUCAUUUUUCAGACAAACCCUGGUAGAACUUUUCAUAAAGCGACAUUUUAAUUAGAAAAAAAGUUGUAUUCAUUCUACUUUUUCCACUGCUAAUUCCUCUAUUUAGGUUAUAUAUGUAUUUAUUUUCUGUGUCCCUAGCAAAUUAACAAGUAAUGGUUAAAAUGUUAUUUGUUGUUGUUGUUGUUUGCAUUCUUGAUUUUAAUAUUUUUUAAUUUCACUUAAAAAGUCAGUGUUGUGAAUCAUAAACUGUCUAUUUCUAAUGAAUAAAUCCAAUACUGGAAUUGCAGUAAGAGCUAAAUGGAGAUUGCCUUUAUAGAUAGAUAGAUGAUAGAUAGAUUAAAGUCAGAAUUCU